AUGUCUCUACAAGCGCGCGCCCAAGCCGCUACGUCCGAAUUUCAGAAACUACAAGCCGAACUGUCUGAAGCUGUCGAAGCUCGUGAGCGCUUGGAAGCGCAGUUGAAUGAGAAUGAGCAGGUCAAGAAGGAAUUCGCUAAUCUGACGCCCAAUAACACCGUCUACAAGCUAGUUGGUCCUGUUCUUGUAAAGCAAGAUCAGGCGGAAGCCAAGACCAACGUUGAUACCCGUUUAGAAUUCAUCCGUGGUGAGAUAACCCGCAUCGAGAGUAAGCUUGCCAGUUUACAAGAGAAGAUCGAGAAGAAGAAGGGAGAACUUGUCGACAUACAAACGGAGUUGCAGAAGCUGGGAGCAGGUCCAGGAGGAGCACCCAUCGCAGCAUCAGCAUGA